AUGGAGCCUCUCGACCGAGUCUCGAAGACGCCGACUCGCAUACCUCGACCAACUUCCACAGCCGCUUCACCCCGAACGCCUUCCAUCCGCGCAGUUCCCUACAGCGCCAUAACCCGCGUUAGAACUGCCUCGAUGAUGGAAGGGAGUUACUCGCCCUUAAGUUGGCCUUUCCCAAGAACGGGCGACUGCUCAUCACCGUAUGAACGAGUCAACUUUGCAUCCAGGGACCAUUCAGCCACAGCCAAGCAGCCUGACAAUGGGAAAGACACUGACGUGAGAACCAUGUGCCGUAAUGGAAGCACAACAUUGCAGCCCCAAGCCGCAGCGCCAGUUUCGAGUAGAGCGACAACCGUCGAAACACUUCACACGGUCCAAUAUGGUCUUUCGAGGACCAAUCGUCGCGCCAGUCCUUCCCUCGACUUCGUUGAAACCCAGAUAUGUGAACCCAGGAAUGGAGGCAGUAUCGACACAGGAUUGACAAGCGCCGGAGCUCAUGGCCUCCAACCGAUGGCAGAUCUUCCGGAGCGACCCAUGACUCCGACCCCAUAUUCGGUCCUGCGCAAGGUAUCCGAGGUCUCCGAGUCCGGGAAUGCUGGGGACGGGGACUCCACGCAUCGUCAAUCGGCAACUCUAACCACACAGGGUCCAGUCAAUGCUAUAUGUCUGAAGCCCCAGGGCGUCAUUGGUGACGCUGCUUGCAUACCCGUUCCACGCGAUGAGCAAGGCAGGGUGAUAUCUUUUCUCCAUCCGCCCUUCAAGACAGGUAACCCGAGGAGCGAUCCUCAUCGCGCCCGAUUGUUCACAGCACCUAACAACAGCACACGAGCGGAGCGCGAGAGCUCUGAUGAUGGUGCUAUCACCAACAAGCCCGGGGCAACCACCGUUCCCGGCCUCAAGUCGCUCGGAACGGCAAAAUAUGCACCCACCGCCAGGCCCCCAUCAAGGAGCGGGAGCACCUACUCGAGGAGGCCAAUGACGCUUCAGAGCGAGAUUCCCGACCUGGAGUCUCUACGCCUUGGUCCGAGGAUUCGCCACAGCCGUCUACCGUUGAGCCCCAGCAUGGCUGUAAAUGGAGUAAGGAGUGUCCCGGAAAGCACAAAGAAGCUGUGGACUGCUGUUGGCCGGUCGCGCAAAAUCAUGCUCGCAUCGGCUGUUCUCUUGGAGCUUUCCAUUCUCAACGUCGUUGCCGGUGUCACGGCCGUCGCUACCAGCUAUAUUGAGCACGGGCAUGUUGCUACAGGACUGGCAGCGUGGGCUGCAGUGAGCGGCGUGUUCACCCUGACUUCUGGUGCAAUGCUUGGCCUGGCCUUCCUGCGAUAUCGCAAGAUGAACAAGGAGCUCGUUUCGGGAGAGAGCUGGAUUGAGAUGCAUCUUCGGUCUAGACCACUUCCACCUCGGCCACAGAGCGAGGAACGCAGGCAAGACAAUGGUGCCACAGAGGCCUGGAACAGGUUUGUCCAGGACCACGAGCAGCUUCGGCGCUAUGUUGAACUUCUAGAGAGCCGGAUUGGUGCGCUCGAGGAAGGCCAGCCGAAUGUGGGACAGGGACACAAGGAACCUGAUACCGAUGCCAACGGAGGCGGGAGCAAUGCCCCUUCCGGAAAGAUGGAGAGAGCUCUCGACACGCCAAGGACCACGGCUGACAGUGGUAGUCGUACUGGCAACGGCACCCCAAAGACAUCGAGGUCCAAAAUUGGCGAUUCGUUGUCUCGUCGCCAGUUGCUCCAGCCAGAUGACUCCGUUGCUGAGCAUGAGUCCUGGCAAGGUGGCAACGGCGAAGCCACCAUUUCCAAGUCGGAUACCAAAGCUAGUAUUAUCACCGAGCUGUGCGAAGCCGUGACUGAGGGAUACAGCCCCCUGUCCGAGCAAAUGCCUGCGGGCUCACCUCAGCUCCCUCAGACCCCCGACAAAUGCACACCCUCUGGUCAACCGCGCGGCAACGCCUUCUACCAUCUGGCGUUGCCUGGCAGGGCAACCACCCCCCGACGUCUUGAACAUUUUGUUGAUGAUUCCGGGAGCAGUAAGAGGGAUAUUUGA